UGUCAUGGUCAUAAGCCGAUUCCUCACGCCCUUUUCAGUCAUCUUUAUUUCUUCCUGGCGAAGUCUACUAUUUCUACAGUCAGAUGGUUCAUCUGCUCGCGACUGCUGAACGCUUGAAGAAGCUUAUGGUUUUCUCUCUGCUAAAAACCCCUUGUACAUUUCUCUAAUUACGACAGCGAACAUUGUACCGAUCGACUCAUAAACGCUAUUGAAAUGCCACGGCAAGGAUUGUGAACAAUAAAGUGUCUCCUUCUUCUCGUUUUUUUUCCUUUGUUGCAGGGCAGUGAGCAAUGGCGGAGUCCGCGAAUUCUGGUGCUGGAUCUAAUAUUGAAUCUCCUGGUUUUAAAUUUGCAUUCGACAAUGUGAAUUUCUCCGAUAGGAUUUUGAAGUUAGAACUCAUGGCUGAGCCCUGUACCAAAGGGUUGGGCCCUUUCUUCGACAAUCGCUUCUCAAUUGUUGCUUUUGGUGGUUAUUUACUGCAUUGCUUAUGUCGAGGUGAGGUAGCCGAUGAUGAUGAUGAGGUAGCAGAUGAUGAUGUUUCAACUUGGAGCAAAGAUUGUUCAACUGUUCUGAGGGUUAAGAAGUUACACAUCAAUUCCGCAAUAUUGGCUCUGAAAAGCCCUUUCUUUCACAAGCUUUUCUCAAAUGGCAUGCAUGAAUCAGAUCAGAGAGAUGUCAAGCUACGGAUCAGUGCUUCAGAGGAGGAUGCUUUCAUGGAGCUAUUGAAGUUUAUGUACUGUGGGAUGCUAUCAACAAGUGCUACUCCAGCGUUGUUGCGGGAUUUGUUGGUGGUUGCUGACAAAUUCGGGGUUGCUUCCUGUGUGUGUCACUGUUGCGCUUUGCUGGGUAGUCUUCCCAUGACUCAAGAUUGUGCCUUACAAUAUCUUGAGCAGCCUUAUAUAAUGAUAGAUGGAAUACGACCUCUUGUUGUUGCGGCAAAGCAGUAUCUUGCCAAAACAUACCAAGAUUUAUUUGUGUUUCAUGACGAGCUGAUGGCUUUGCCUCUGUCUGGCAUCGAGGCAGUGCUCUCAAGCGACGAGCUGCAUGUGGGAUUGGAGGAUGCUGUAUUUGAUUUUGCGCUCGAGUGGGCACAUGCUAAUUACCCCAAUCUCGAGGAGCGGCGUGAGAUGUUGGGUUCACAUAUUUUCCCAGCCAUACGCUUUUCUCACAUGUCGACCCACAAGCUCAAGGUGGUUUUCAAAUGUGAAGACAUAGACCCUAGCCUCGCAUUGAAAUUAGUGGCAAGGGCCUUUUUUGUCAAGGCAGAGGAGGCUGAACUCAAGCAUUGUGGGACUGACUGUACAUACAAGCGCCCUCCACUAAAGGUGAUACAGUUGGUGGGAAACCAUGCCAAGUGCCUGGCAUUCUUGGAUCUUCAACGAGAGGAGUGUGCUGCCCUCUUUCCUACAGGAUACAUGAAAUCGCAGUUGUUCUACCUUAAUGGCAAUGCCUUCUACCUCCGUGUUCGAUGCAUAAAAAGUGAGGGAAGCUCCUCCCAUUCCUUUGGUCUUUACCUUGGGAUGGAAGAUGUGUCGGACAGUGUUGUCACCCAGUACAUGUUUGCAUCUAGAUCAAAGCCAAAUAAGAAAUUUAAAACCACUCCGAUGAUGAAGUAUACAUUUGACAAAGGGAACACAUGUGGGUAUGGGGUGGCCAACCUCUUCAACACUCCAUGGACCUCAUUCAUCGCUGAUGACAGCCCCCACUUCUUGAAUGGUUUGCUUCACUUGCGUGCUGAGGUAACCAUCAUGACACAAUGAUUUCGAUUUUUGAAUAUCGUCCAUAGAUUGAACCCAUCAUGCCAUAAUGACAUGUUUCUCGCACGCUUCAUGGACUGCAGUACACUAGGGCUUUCUGUUCUUUUUCUUUUUGGUAAAUUGAAAGGGGCAUCACCCCUCACAAGACGGUUCAUACAUGAAGCAUCCAAAUAUGAGACAUUGUGCUCCAAGAAGAAAGCCAGAUCUGAAAAAUUUAAAGCAUUCAACUUCGAACUUAA